AUGCCUUCCAUUUCAGUGAGUAAAGCUGCACUGCUAAGCGGUUUAGACAAGCAGUACACAGACGAAGAAGCAACAGAUGUUCUCUUUGAUUUUGGCCUGGAGCUGGACGAAGUGUACACAGAAAAUAACGAAGUAAAGUACAAAAUAGAUGUGCCUGCGAACAGAUACGAUCUGCUCUGUCUUCGAGGACUGGUCUACGGGCUGAAAGCAUACAUUAGCAACACUCCCUCAAAGACCCUGGAAAUACAAAAAACAAAAGAAACAGUUCUAGGGCCUAGACCUGCAGCCAGACCGUACAUCAAAAUAGCAGUUCUAACCGGUGUAGAUCUUGAAAAUGGCGGUUACACUGAUUUGAUAAACUUUCAAGACAAACUGCACCAGGGCCUGGGCCUCAACAGGACACUGAUGGCAAUAGGAACACAUGACUAUGAUAAAACCACGCGUCCCUACAGCUACACAGCAAUGGAUGAAAACACAAUUAAGUUCCAGCCACUGUCCCAAAACAAAGAGUACACUCGCGCAGAGCUGGACACUCUCUACAAGACAGACAGCAAAUUAAAAGAGUACCUCAAACUGUCCAGAGAGAACGGAACAGUUCCUGUGGUAUCUGAUGCAUCUGGAAAUAUUCUGUCUCUUCCCCCGCUCAUUAACAGCGAGUUUUCAAAAAUAACGGAAAAAACAAAAAACAUUCUCGUUGAAGUAACAGGCACAGAUCUGGCACGAGUGUCCACAGCGAUGUAUCUCCUGAUGCACCACUUUUCUGACAAGACAACAAAAAUAGAGGAGAUUGAUAUUGAGCAAGAAUGCCCCGAGCCCUCCACAAAUAAAAUAUUAAUCACCGCAGAAACAGUGAAAAAAGAGCUCAUACUAGACCUGUCUGCAGAAACAGCUAAAAAGUAUCUGGAGAGAAUGAUGCACACAGUGGACAUAGAAAAAGACGGCACAGAGUGGGCUGUAAAUGUAAUGCCCAGCAGGCUCAGGCCAGACAUUCUGCACCAGUGCGACAUUAUAGAAGACAUUUCAAUAGCACACGGGUACAAUAACUUCAAAAAGAUACUGGGAGAUAGAUACACGGUUGGAAAAGAGCUUCCUCUGAACAAGCUAGCAGAUGAUCUUAGAAGAGGAUGCUCAAUGGUCGAGUACACAGAGCUCUUUACAAUGGCUCUUUUGUCAGCUGAUGACUACCAUGGAUUUAACGUAGACCGACACAUUAAAGUGAAGAAUCCCAAGAGCACUGAAUGCGAGGUGCUCAGACAGCACAUGAUUCCAUCGGUGUUUAAGUGUCUAGUUGCCAAUCAGCACUACCAACUGCCUCUAAAGGUAUUUGAGGUCUCAGAUGUUGGUGCGUUCUGUGACGACGAUGUAGGCGUAAAAAACAUCAAAAAGCUGUGCAUGGGAAUAUGCGGGCGCACAAGCGGGCUGGAGGAUAUCCAAGAGGCUUUUGAUGUUCUCAUGAAACGUCAAGGAUUCAGCGUUACAUACGAAGAGGAGAACUCUGCACCCUUUGUCAAAGGCAGAUCGUGCAAGAUCCUGCACAAAGGAGAAAAGAUUGGUAUGCUUGGAAUACUAGAUCUAAACAUUCUUGCAUACCACAAGAUGCCAUAUGUCUGCUCUUUUGUAGAAAUAUCGCUGAACGAUCUUAUAGAACAAAAAUAA